GUUCGCAUGCUCGCCUUGAUAGCUCCUACUACUGGAGGGAGUAUAUCGAUUCCGGCACGUUGGCGCCGUUGACUACUUACCCUAGGAAGUGGCACACUAGCACGACGCUAGCAGUGGCCUAGGCACCGCAAUCUCCAUCUCGUUCUGUUCGUUUUCACUGAACCCCCACCUUGGAUUUUGAUGGGUCUGUUGUUUUCCAGUGCAAUUGGAUUGCUUUGGGAUUGUUUUGGAAUACUGUUCGAGGUGAUAUCGCUUGAAUUGGUUUCGCUGUGGAAGGAACAGGUUUGGUUUGCCUCUUCGUCAUGGGCUGCCGUUGCGACUGUGUCUUGCCCAUACCACGAUAGACGAAGCCUUGACCUUUUUCCCGCGAGGGGACCGAAUCGCCUCCGUUGCGGGAUACAGACUGUUGAGUCUUCAUUUUGCGCUGUCACACGACUUUUACGCGCGCGUUUAUUGCGAUAUAAGCAGGAGGGAUACAAACAGGAAGACAGAGAGAGAGACGAGUCAUCGGCGCAUGGCAUAACAUGAACGCUGAUCCGUCUCGUCGCAGUCUGUUCUCCCCACCUCACUGCUUGACUUCUCACAGAAUCAGACGCCCCACAAGACAUGCUCACUCGUUUACGUUCCCGCUCCGAUCAUGCUGAAUCCUGCUUCCCCGGUCUCCCCGACCUCCCUCGGGAGGAAGCGACCGCACCCCUCCGCUGAUACCGAACCGUCCCCCCCGCCGCCGCCGCCACCGCUCCAGCAGCAGCGCGCGCCUCCGCGUCGCGACGGCCUCGCUGCUCUGCCCUCCCCCUCCGUCUCCGCGUCCUCCAAUUCCUCCUCCUUCCGAAACGUCUCCGCAUGCAAUCGGUGCCGGCUGCGCAAAAAUCGCUGCGAUCAGCGGCUGCCGCGGUGCCAGUCUUGUGAGAAGGCGGGCGUCCGCUGCGUCGGUUAUGAUCCGAUCACGAAGCGAGAGAUCCCCCGCAGUUAUGUCUACUUUCUUGAGGCCCGUGUGGCGUACCUUGAGAGUCUGUUGGUGGAGAACCAUGUUACGUUUAUGGAAGCGGCGCCGUUUGAUGAGGACGGGGCUCUUAAGGCUGAGACGGGAUAUAACCCAGUCCAGCAGACGGAUGCGUCCAUUGUUACCGACUCCCCUGCGCCGGACGGGACUGAAGGGAAAGUGCCCCGCAUUAAGAGGGAGACAGACGACCAGGCCGCCGCGAGGCCCGAAGGCGGGGUUGAGAAUGUGGGGGAUUUGGAGAGCAGCCGCAAUCCCGACAAGGAUGACUCCUGGCGCAUCAACAACCUCGUGUCGAACAUUGGGACGGUCUCGGUGCAGGGCACGUCGGAUCCGCGGUAUCUGGGCUCGACGUCGGGUAUCUCUUUUGCACGUGUCGUCUUCGCCGCUGUCAAGAGCACCGUCUCCGGGAACCCUGCGGAACGCGGUCCCGCUCGUCCCAGCGAGCGUCUACCGCACAGCGCGACGGGCACGGGGGGCAGCACCACGCGGGACUCUUUCUUCGGCCUCCAGACGAGACCGAUGAUGAAGUGCGCCAGUUUCCCGGACCGCGAGCUGGCCGAUAAGCUGUCGGGCCUGUAUUUCGAACACGCGAAUCCCCAGAUGCCUAUCCUCCACCGAAACGAAUUCGUUGAGAUGAUGGAUCGCACCUACGCGGCCGAUGAGAAGAGCCGCUCUCCUCGCAGUCUUUAUAUUCUGAAUAUUGUCUUUGCCAUCGGCGCGGGGAUUAUCUUCGAUGACAAACCGCCCGGCGAUGAGAAGGCUGCAGACCGUGACCAGUCGCCCUCGGCUUCUACGGCCAAGAAACCUCGAUUCUCCAGCCAUCAGUAUCAACCGGAGGAAUAUCACGCGUCGGCUGUCAUUCACCUCGAGUCCUUCCUGGGCGCGACCUCCCCCGGGGGCGACGGGUUCGGCGCGUUGGAGGAGCUGCAAGCGGUCCUCCUUCUCGCCAACUUCGCGCUCCUGCGGCCUGUUGCGCCGGGUCUGUGGUAUAUCGUUGGGGUGGCCACGCGUUUGGCCGUGGACCUUGGCCUGCACUACGAGGAUGGCGCGGGUAUCGACUCGCCCGGUGAUGACAGCUUUGGUCGUGGACCCGGCAAGCCCGAAGACGAGGCUAAAGUUCGGAUCGGCGAGCGCGAGCGCGGCCGGCGCGAAUGGGUCCGCGACCUCCGGCGGCGACUGUGGUGGUGCGUCUAUAGCUUCGACCGCCUCGUCAGCUGCUGCGUCGGUCGCCCGUUCGGCAUCAGUGACCAGGCCAUCAGUACGGAAUUCCCCUCGUUGGUCGAGGACACAUACAUCACCAAGACCGGUAUCACGGAGCCGCCCGAGGGCACCCCGAGCUACAAGUACGCCUCGUUCCACUACUUCAAGCUGCGGGUGCUGCAGUCGGAAAUCCACGACGUGCUCCAGCAUCAGCAGGCGCGUUUCGCGCGCCAGAGGGUGCCCUACGCUGCCCGGCGAGUCAUGCGCUCCGAUCUGACGUCGCCUUUCCUCCACGGGUUCGAGUCGUUCCGAUCCUGGCGCAAGGAUGUCCACCGACGACUGGCAGAGUGGAAGCAGUCUGCGCCGACGCGUCGCGAUACGGGGGUGCAGUUCUCUGUGGAGUUCCUCGAGCUGAAUUACUGGCAGGCGGUUAUUAUGCUGUAUCAGCAGAGUUUGACGGCGCCGGCGGAGCUCGCUGAUGAGGUGACUCCUGCUGAGGACGUCUCCAGCCCGUCAUUCUCGAAUGUCGAUGAGGCUGAUGAUGAAGACGAUAUAUACUAUAAGGUUGCGGAGGCGGGUCAGAAGGUCAUUCGUAUAUAUCGCCAGAUGCACCGGGUGCGUUUGGUGAACUACACUUAUCUGGCUACGCAUCAUAUUUUCAUGGCUGGGAUUUCUUUCCUGUAUGCCCUGUGGCACUCGCCAUUGGUUCGGAGUCGCUUGACCCUCGACGAAGUCGACUUCACAGUCCUCGCCGCUACAUCCGUCCUCGGCGACCUAAUGCACAAGUGCCCACCAGCCGAAGCAUGCCGAGACGCUUUCGAGCGAAUGAGCAAAGCGACCGUCCAAAUGUGCCUCUCGACAACCGGGUUCGGCUCCCAAGUCGACCUAACCCAAUUCCAAGCCGCCGCGAUAGCACCCCAAAACCCAGCUCCGCUGUACGCCGGUCGCCCCCGCCAGUAUCGCCAGCGACCAUGGCCUGGUCAAAACCGCCGGCAAACCCAGAUGCGCCAGGCUCGCCCGAUGCCGCGGUUCGAUAUGAAUCUCGGCGAUCUGUUCGGCGAUAAUAACGGGGCUGUUCCCGACCAGUCGGAUAGGCGGAAGCCCGUGCAAGUACAGCCUUAUAAUGAAUCUUCCCCGCCUUUUUCUUCCGACCAACAGGGACAAUCUCACCCUGCGUCUACGUCUCCGGUGGAGUUUUAUGGCUCGUAUGAGGAUCCUACUUCUCCGCAAACCUUGCAGCAACAGCAGCGUCAACAACAACCACAACAGCAGCAACAGCAAUACUACUACAGCGGCUCCCCCCAAAGCGUCUCCCCAAACAGCAUCAACACUACCACCACCACUACCACCCCCCACAACGCCCCCUUCCCUCCACCCACCGACCAAGGAAACGCAUCCGGAAUCGGCCUCGACUUCUUAGACUUUGACCCCACCGCAGCCUCAGGCCAAGUACCAUUUGGACCCGACGAGCAGGCCGAGGGCAGUAACAUGCAAGGGAUCAUCCCGUCCCUGGGCCAUGGUGCGGGCCACAGCGUGGGCAUCGAUCUGGGGUUCGGAAUGGCGGUCGAUUUCCAGCAUGAUUGGAGCGAGAAUGCUAAUUAUGAUAUCUUUGAUGGGUAUUUCUUUGGGGGGUCGGGGCCGGGGCCGGGUGGAGAGGAGUAGCCUUUCUUCUUUGCUUCCCUCGGUGGUCUAAUUCAUUGGUUUGUUUGAUGUGUUGUCUGUUUUUGGGGGGAGGGCCUAAUAUACCCAAG